AGCCACUUAUAUAUAUUCUCAUUCGCUUUAGCUUUAUUCUCUCUUGCUUUCUCUAGUGUUCCAUUUUGAUGUGAUAUUCUCCACUAACAAUAUCUCAUUCCAAAAACCCCAAACGUUUACAAAAGUGAAUUUUACAGCAUCAUUCAAGAAACUAUGGUUUUUUCCUUUAUUUCUGCUUAUCUUGAUCCAUCCAACUGGCAACAGCAAGUUGGAUAUGGCAUCCCAAAUACCCAGCUUCCAUCAGCACCACCACAACCUACGCCGCCGCAUCCACUAGCGACUACUCCACCACCACCUCGGCCCCAUGGUGUGGUUGGUGAAGAUUCAAUCCGACCGGGCUCCAUGGCUGACCGAGCCCGGUUAGCAAAUAUACCAAUGUCAGAGGCAGUUCAAAAAUGCCCUCGCUGUGAGUCAACAAACACAAAGUUUUGCUACUUCAACAACUACAGCCUCUCCCAGCCUCGUCACUUCUGCAAGACCUGCAGAAGGUACUGGACGAGAGGAGGCGCUAUAAGGAGCGUCCCAGUGGGUGGAGGUUGUCGCAGGAACAAAAGAAGCAGCACUAACAGUACUACUACUAGUGCUACUAAAUCCAGCAACAAUAACAAUACUUCUAAAUCACCAGCUUCUAGCCAAGCUACUAAUUCUGGUUCCACAAGCAACAAUAGUUGUACUUUUUCAAGCCAAUCGUCAGCAGCUAGUUUAUUAGGUCUAAUGAAUCCUCAAAUUCAUCCUCUCCGUUUCAUGUCCCCUUUAGGCCAAUUGACUGAUCAACACUUCACCCAAAAUGAUAAUGUUACGAUGAAUUACUCGUCAUUUUCUUCUUCAUCACCAGCUCCAGUCAUUGUGGAAUCAACCAUUGAAAGCACGAAUUUUCAGCUCGGAAUGAGUAACAAUUUAGAGCAGUGGCGGCUACAUCAACAACUGGCGAGCCAAUUCCCAUACAAUUUGUACGGGGGAUUGGAUUCGUCUUCUGCUUCUGGCUCAGGGCUUUACCAUUUCCACCCAACUCAUUACUCAAGUAAUGAGGUGGGUGGUGGUGGUGGUGUCAUAAGUCAAAUUAGGUCAAAAGUUUCGAACCCUAUGUUGACUCAGCUGGCAUUGAUGAAAAUGGAAGACAAUCAAGAUCAUCUAGCAACUAUGCCACGACAGUUUUUAGGGCACGAAAACUGGCCAAGUAAUGGUAGUCAUGCUAAUUGGAAUGAGCUUUCCGUGAGUUUUAGCUCCUCUUCCACUAGUAAUGUACUAUAAUUAUCAGUCGAUGAAAUGUUCAGAAAAAGAACGCCAAAAUAGUCGCAGAUACAGAGUUAACACUAUCUUGCUUCCAGUUCAGUAUCUGACCUUCUUUUCCUAUUUCAAUAUUAGUCAUUUGGAAGCUGACAAUUUUGUCAGCAAACUGUAGAAGGAAGUCAUAUGCUAGGAAGAAAAAUUGUCUGAAACCCUAGAAUAUGUAGUUUUUCUUCUUUUUGGUUUCCCUUAUUUCUGGGUUUAUCUUUACAUUUAGUUGUAGUUUCUUUGUUUUAAUUAUGUUGAAUAUGUUUGGAGAAUGAAUGUACUUUUAGUUGUUCCUUCUA